AUGCCAUCGGAGUUUGAAGAUGCCUGGGCUCAACUCGUGCACAACUACAACCUGGAGAACGACCAGAUGAUGAUGCAACUCUGGAGUGAUAGGAAGAUGUGGAUUUCAGCAUAUUACAAGAACAUUUUCUGUGCUAGAAUGACUUCCACACAACGAAGCGAGAGCAUGAACCAUGUGCUAAAGAAAGGGUUUGUCAAGGGGACCCAGAACCUACACAAGUUUGCUAGGCGGGUCAAUGCUUGCAUACAAACUCGGAUGCAGAAGGAGAACGAGCAAACAAUGACCAACAUGACCAAUCUUGUGACAAAAACAACUUACGGCUACGAGGAAGACAUGUCUAUCAAGUACACGAGAGCCGUGUACACCGAUAUGAGGAAUAGGAUGAGAAAGGCCACGCUAUUUCGCGCAAAGCGUACAGCAAAUCCCACUAAGUACCUUGUGUACUACCACAACAAGCCUGGCCAUGAUGAAGAAGAAAGAUUUUCCUGGUCAAAGCAUGAAUUCCAGGUUGUAGCUGACCCAGAGAAUGAAAUAUACGACUGUGAAUGCAAGCUCUGGACACACACAGGCCUGUUCUGCCUUCACAUCAUGAACAUACUGGACUACCUCAAGCCUGACAAAUUUCCAAACAAGUAUAUCCUCAAACGGUACACAAAGACUGCAAAAUCACAACCAACCUUUGACACAAGGGACUACAACACAACCUCAUCGGAUGGCAGCUCAAGGCUAUCGAAGCAAGACAUCUUGCUGCAGCUGAAUUUGAUGGUUAACAAGAAAGCGAUGAGAUGUGACCAGCAAUAUGACAGAGCCUACUAUGUUCUAAGAGGCUCGUGGAAGAGCUUGAUGCAAUACAUUCAGCAAAUCAAGCGGAUGCUGGCGAAAGGAUGGCUGAAGAGGACGCUGAAAUUGAAGAUGGCCUUCAUUAUUAUGCAGCUGAAAUGCUCAACGCCACCGCUAAAGCCAACCAAUGCAAGCAGGGUGAUGGCCAAUCAAUGGAGCAGCGACAGCAAGAGACGAUGA